AAAAUAUCCACAUGGGAGCAGCCUCCUUUGGGACAGCUGCUCUGAGAGAAGGCGGUAGCAAGGAGCAGGCAAAGUCCUCCCAGCAGAGGGUGACUCGUGGGAGGAGUUGAGUUUGCUAAGCUGUUGUCAUUUGCUGAGAAGGUGUAUGCUCAAGGAGUUUUAACCUGGAGGAUCAUUAACUCUUUCAGUCAGCCUGAGACGGCGGAGGCUCUGCAAGUUCGUCCUGCAAGUGUCUGCUCUGGGAAGGUCAGGGAGGAGCACGUGGGAUCACUUUUUCAUGGGGGACCACUUUGAGAAGGGCCAGCACGCUUUGCUCAAUGAAGGAGAAGAAAAUGAGAUGGAGAUGUUUGGCUACCGGACUCACAGCUGCAGGAAAACCCUCUGCCUUGCUGGAUCUGUCUUUUCAUUCGGGAUCCUUCCCUUGGUGUUUUACUGGAGACCCGCUUGGCAUGUGUGGGCAAACUGCAUCCCGUGUUCCUUGCAAGAAGCAGAUGUCGUGUUGCUGAGGACGACAGAUGAAUUCCAAACUUAUUCUCGGAAAAAGAUAACGUGGAUCCACCUGUCAGCAUUAAACAGCGCAUUUGGUCUCACUCCUGACCACCCUCUCCUUGCAGAUGAGGAGUAUAUCAUAAAUAGAGCCAUAAGAAAGCCAGACUUAAAGGUGAGAAGCAUAAAAGUGCAGAAAAUAAGAUAUGUUUGGAACAACUUAGAAGGACAGUUCCAGAAAAUUGGUUCUUUGGAAGACUGGCUCAGUUCUGCCAAGAUACAUCUAAAAUUUGGAUCAGGUCUGACAAGAGAAGAACAAGAGAUUAGGAGGCUAAUAUGUGGGCCUAAUACUAUUGAUGUUGAAAUCACACCAAUUUGGAAACUGCUCAUCAAGGAGCAAUCUGUAAAACUCCAUGGUCUAGUUGCAUCACAUAAUAGCAUUACAGUCUCUGUAUGUGGGAGACAAGCUGGUGUCCAAGAGCUGGAAUCACGCUUCCUGGUCCCUGGAGAUCUAUUAAUUUUGUCGGGGAACAAGGUGCAAAUGCCAUGUGAUGCCGUUCUGAUUGAUGGCAGUUGUGUGGUAGAUGAAGGCAUGCUGACAGGAUUCAACACUGCAAAGGGGGACCUUGUGAGAUCCAUCCUCUAUCCCAAACCGAUGAACUUCAAGCUGUACAGGGAUGCCAUCAGGUUUCUCCUGUGCCUUGUGGGGACAGCCACCAUUGGGAUGAUCUACACUUUGUGUGUCUAUGUGCUCAGUGGGGAACCUCCUGAGGAGGUGGUGAAGAAAGCCCUGGAUGUCAUCACCAUCGCAGUUCCUCCUGCUCUGCCGGCUGCGCUGACCACGGGCAUUAUCUAUGCCCAGAGGAGGCUGAAGAAGAAAGGCAUCUUUUGCAUCAGCCCCCAGAGGAUCAACAUAUGUGGACAGUUAAACCUUGUCUGCUUUGACAAGCUUCCAGGAAGUCCACAGCUUUGCCUUGGGCAAGGCUUUGCCAUGGGGCCCGCUGUGUGCUGCCAUGACAGCUGCCACUCUCUGGUACUUCUUGAUGAGACCAUCCAGGGAGACCCUCUGGACCUCAAAAUGUUUGAAGCCACCACCUGGGAAAUGGCUAUAUCUGGGGAAGAUUUCCACAUCAAGGGAGUGCCAGCACACGCCAUGAUAGUUAAGCCCUGCAAAACAGCCAGCCAGGUCCCAGUGGAAGGAAUUGCAAUUCUGCAUCAGUUCCCAUUCUCAUCAGCCCUGCAGAGGAUGACAGUCAUUGUACAGGAGCUGGGGGGUGACCAACUGGCAUUCAUAAAAGGUGCACCAGAGAAGGUGGCCAGCUUUUGCCAACCUGAGACAGUACCAACAAGUUUUGUUAGUGAGCUUCAGAUUUACACGACCCAGGGCUUCCGGGUCAUAGCAGUGGCCUACAAAAAGCUGGAAAUGGACAACCACACCACUGCCUUGACGAGAGACAAGGUAGAAUCAGACCUGAUAUUCCUGGGAUUGCUGAUCUUUGAGAAUCAAUUGAAGGAAGAGACAAAACCUGUUCUGGAAGAGCUCAUCUCAGCCCGGAUAAGGACAGUAAUGAUCACAGGUGACAAUCUUCAGACUGCGAUAACAGUAGCCAGGAAGUCUGGAAUGGUUUCUGAAGACCAGAAAGUCAUUCUCAUUGAAACGAAUGAAACCCCUGGGUCCUCAUCAGCAUCUAUAUCUUGGAAAUUAGUGGAAGAGAAGAAACACAUUGCAUAUGGGAAUCAGGACAAUUACAUUAAUAUCUGGGAAGAAGACUCUGAUAAUAGCAGAGAAGGAAGUUACCAUUUUGCCCUAAGUGGAAAAUCCUUUCAGGUUAUAAAUCAACAUUUUAGCAGCCUACUGCCAAAGAUACUGAUGAAUGGGACCAUAUUUGCAAGAAUGUCUCCUGGGCAGAAAUCCAGUCUGGUGGAAGAAUUCCAGAAACUGGAUUACUUUGUAGGUAUGUGCGGCGAUGGAGCGAAUGACUGUGGGGCUUUGAAAAUGGCUCAUGUGGGCAUCUCUUUAUCAGAGCAGGAAGCAUCUGUGGCCUCGCCUUUCACUUCCAAAACUCCAAACAUUGAGUGUGUACCUCACCUUAUCAAGGAAGGGCGUGCAGCUCUCGUUACCUCAUUCUGCAUGUUCAAGUACAUGGCUCUGUACAGCAUGAUUCAGUAUGUUGGUGUCCUGCUGCUCUACUGGGAGAUCAACAGUCUAUCAAAUUACCAGUUUCUGUUCCAGGAUCUGGCCAUUACAACUCUUAUUGGUGUAACAAGUAAGCCAUUUUUAAAACUUUCUUCCUACACGUGCUUCCCUCAGAUUUUUUUUGCAUGUGGAAAUCCAGUUGUCCCAGCAUCAAUU